AUGUCGGCCACAAAUCUAUACUUUUGCGUGUUUUGCGACGACAAGUGGACAGUCGGCGGUCAGUCUUCAGGCAAACUGCGCGACCAUAUCGUCAACAAACACUUUGACCGUCGCGUCGACGAGAAGACGGACGCGUGGAUCGCGAAGUUGGCCGCCUAUCAGCUGGCGUUGAAUCGCUCGCUUCGCCAAACGCCGUCCCGAUUGCCGAUCGUGUCGUCGACGGCGGCCACCGAUGACACGUCGCCGGAGCUACUCGUCGGGUGCCGUCUCUGCGACCGUAUAAUCGAGUGCUUUAAACUGGAUCUCAUCGAUGGCCACAAACAGAAGCGCGAAGACCUGUCUCUCUACAGAUGCUUGAAAUGCAAGCAUAAGACAGCGUUAUAUACGAUAUCUGGUCUGAAGUCGCUGUCAAAGACCCAACAGAGCGUUCAUCUGCACCAACACUUGGAUUACUUGCCGUACGCGUGCCGAGCGGUCAAAGGCGGCCAACAGGUGUGCAACGAGUCGUUCCCAUCCAUCAAGUAUCUCAAGGCGCACAUCAAAGCCGACCACAAUCUCGCGCUCACCGAAGAGCAACNUAAGGGCCACCAACUGAUGGCCGAUUCCAAUGGGAUUCAAAGGGCGACGAUUACGCCCAACGGGUAUAUCGCGGACCGGAACCCAUUGCUCAAGAGUCGGCUGUCGGAUAAGUCUCGCCUCUCGCGGCCGAACAUCAGUCUCAGCCGAGAGGAGGAACAGGCGUUGCGAACGAACAAACCGACGGCCAAUGGCGGCGCCGACGGUAGCGAUGAGAGCACCGGUUGGAACUCAGAUGUCGAAGAGUUUGAGCGCAACACUCAUACAAAACGGGUCAAGUCAUCGCCGGCGGCAGCGGCCCCGAGAGCUGCCGGCUCUUCUGCCUCUACCUCUACUGUCAUUACUCACUCGAACGGCUCUAUUCCAGUCAUUAAUGGUCGUCCGUCUCAGGCCGUCAACAAUAGUCGGCCCGAAAGCGUCGGUCGACGGGUGUCUCAGCAGUCGUCGUCGUCUCACGAGGAGAACAGCCUAUUGACGAUUCACAUGGCGUGCAAUACUCCCGACAGAGAGGCCAAACUGGCGGCCAAUCGAAAGCGGUCGCAGAACUCGCCAAACAGUGUCCAAAGACGGGAACCGACGGCCGCCGCAGCCGUCGGCGGCAGAGCUAGUCAUUCGCCGGACGUGGAAAACGUUGGGUCCGUUGCCAACAACUCGGAGCCACAGAACACCGCAGCGAUGGCCGGCCCGUCGGUGUCGACCGCAUCGAACAGCGAUUGGCUGCUCCACACGCGGCCCAAGAAGUUCCCGUACUAUCCGCAAAAGGACGACGAAGUGGCGUACAUACCGUACGGCCACCGACUGUACUCCGAUCACGUGCGGGCGCUGAACCUCUAUAAGCAGACCAAUCACAACAAGUACAUGAAGGGCAAGGACUACAUGUUCGCCAAAGUGCGUGAGAUCCGGUACGAGAGGCACGCGAACGUACGGCUCGUCAGACUGACACUCGUGGCCCUACGCGACUCGGCCGAGACCAACACCGUGUUCACCAUUAAGUACACCGACAUCGACAAUGUGAUCGACUUUUUGAUACUCAAACAGCUGUUCGUCAAGAGUAUUGACGUCCAGUGGACUGUCGGCCAAACGUUUCGCUCCAUUGUGGACGACAAGUGGUGGUUCGGCACCAUUCGUGAGCAACACAUCACCGAACAUAAUAUGAACAACUAUUUCCAGGGCAUUCAGAUCCAGUGGGCGAACAACACUGUCGAUAAUCUCAGUUAUUGGGAUCUCGACAAAGUGGUCGCCCCGUUGCCCGUCAAUCGCCGCUCGUCGGUGGAGGUGACCGACGACGACCGCCAAGAGUUCUACGUGUCGGACAGCGCCGAAUGGCCGCGACGGGGGAAGCGCGACGAGUGUAGCCGUAUAUCUAAAGCGUUGACACAAAUCAUGGAUUUACACGAAUGGCGCGAACUGUCGAUGACGUUCGACCACCUGAAGGACCGGUAUAUGGACGACGCGCCCUAUCCGAUAGACCUGUACGUAAUCAAAGCCCGAGUGGACAAUCUCUUCUACCGGCGCCAGUCGGCCGUCAAAUACGACAUCAAAUUCAUUGAGUCCAACGCCUCGUAUCUGACGCGGAACGACGAGAACAGCGACAAUAGCGAACUUGUUAUCAACGCCCGUAUAGUGACCGCGUGUUGCCUGCGGUUCAUCGACGACAAGACCGCCACCGAUAUCACUGACAUUCACGCCAAAGUGAUCGCCGAUCUCUCGCAUCUCAACAAAAUCAAGUACUACUCGUGCACUCGACAGCACCUGAACCCCAGUUUGGCGCUCAAUCCCGAGCUCGAGAACGAGCGCCGACUCAAUCAGAUGCUGUACAACGAUGUCGAACCCUCGGCGGCCGCUACCACCACCGCAACCGCCGCCGCCUCUCGACCUCCUAACCAGUCAACUAUCAAUGGCAACGACGGCAAUGAGAUUACUGUUGUCGACAUGACGUUGACGUCCGAUGAAGAGUCCGGCGGCGCAGAGAGCGAUGCGGACGACGCGAUGGGCGAUGAAUUUGCGCUCAACGUUAAGCCCGAACCGGCGGAUGAAGAGUCCGAUCAGGCCAUCGACGAUCCGUUCAGACAACAGGUCAACAAAUAUUUUUGCAUUCUUUGCGAACAAACAUUCGGCGACCGAAACGAAAUGGUCGACCAUUACUGUCGCGAACUCAAUGUGGAGCUCAAGUGUUCGCACUGUCCGCAGAACCAGACGUUUGAUUCGUUGGACGCAUUCAUGUCACACAACCCGUCGCACACACCGGCCAAGUGUUACUUACAGCAGAAGUCGUGGAUCGACCGAAUGGUCAAAUACUGCGACGGACUCACCAGCGAAGUGAAAGUCCAACGCCAAGUGCACCGACUGUACGGCGAUUGGUGUCCGGUGUGUAAGUGUCUCAAUGUGUUGACCCGCGACGCGACGCCUCUGUUCAACGACCGCGUGUUCGCCAAUAACCGGCGCUCGGGUUCAAUGAAACCGAUGGCCGCCGAACGCGACUUUCAUCAACACCUCAACGAACACAUGCAAUACGAGUUGGUCUACAGUUGCAGUCUAUGCGACCGCACCGGCGGUCAGAGUGUGUUUCGGUCUCAAGUGUUGGCCGCGUGUCGUCAGCACGUGAUCGACGGCCACAAUAUGGCGGCCAACGCCGACGAGUCGCGUGUCAUGUCGUGCUAUCAGAACACGAAGAUUCCGGUCCUCGAGAAGAAGAUCACGCAUUUGGUCAACAAAUUUAUGGUGAAGUGUCUCUACGCGUGACCCGACGCGUGUCGGUUGGGUUUUGCAAAACAUUUACGUAUAGUUAAUGUGUGUUUUUUGUUGUUGUAAUUAAAAUGUAAUUUAAUCUAACGGCCGAUCACUUCAUAGCCCAUACCAUUGAUGUGUACAAAAUCUAAUGACAUCUAAUGUAUAGAUAUAAAUACAUUUUGGUUAUUCUCUGACCACCUAAUCAUCGACGAGAUAACCAACUAUUUAUUAAAUUCAUUAUUGAUAUCUGUUUUACAUUUAAUUUUUUAUAAAUCAUUUUGAUUAUAACUUUGUCGAC